AUGUUUUUAUCACUUGCUCUUCGUCGUAUAGUAACAUUACAACAAUCACAAAUUCAUUCAUUUUCUACUUCAGCUGUACUUUUUAAAGGUAAAAAUGCAGGUGGUGGUGAAUCAAAAUCUUCAAAACGUAUUCUAUCUGAUGCUGAUUUAUCUGCUACAUCGAAUCAAUGGCCAUUAUUAAAAACUCAAUAUGAUAAAUUUCUUAUUGAACUUCGUGAACUUUAUUCAAAACAAAUUCAAUUACGAACAUCAUCAUUAGCAUUUGAAGAAUUAUCAGUGACAAUUCCACCAAAUAAAAAAGCUCAUCAAUUGAAAGAAUUGACACAAAUUAUUCAAAAAUCUCCACAAAUGUUUAUGAUUGAUAUGGCUCGUCAUGCACAAUAUAUACCAAAUGUACUCGAAGCUAUUCAAAAAUCUGGUCUCAAUAUUAAUCCUCAACAAGAUGGUACAACUAUUUUUCUACCAACACCAAAAGUCACACGUGAACAUCGUGAAGAAUUAGCAAAAAAUGCAAAAAAAUUAGCUGAUCAAAUUGUAGUUAAAAUGCGUGAAGCUUAUUCAAAAGCACAUCGAAAUUUGAAGAAACAAGAGAAAAGUUUAAGUCGAGAUAUGAUUGUUGAUUUAGAUGCAAAUUUAAAACUUCGUCUUGAUAAUUAUAUUUCACAAGUAGACAAAAUUCGUACAGACAAACAAAAAGAAUUAUUAGAUUCAACUUUUUGA